CGGCGCAGGCCAGCAUGGCCGGCCCGCUGCGUCCACAUAACGCGCUUCCAGAAGACUUGGUUGGGCUCGGCGCUUGCCGUGGCCGCCCUUGUGGGCAGCCAGUUGAGCGGCUUCCUCAUCGAGCGCUUCGGACGCAUGCAGCCCAUCCAGCCCUCGUAGCCGGACUUCGUGGGCGGCUGCCUCUGCAUCGCGCUGUGCAAUGCCCACCUUCCGCGAAUGUACCCGGGCCUCGUGCUCACCGGCUUCUGCUGCGGCCUCGUCUCGCUCGCGGUUCCCGUGUUUGUGGCCGAGAUCAGCCCGCCGCACGUUCACGGCCUCCUGGGCUCUGGUGUGCAUUUGGCAGUCACGCCAGACGCGCUGUUCGCCUUCGUCGACGGCAAGUGGCUCGACUGGCUGUCCCUCACUCUGCUGUGUACCGCGUGCCCCGUGCUCAUGGCCGUCUCCAUGGCGUUCGCUGUCGAGUCCUACCGCUGGCUAGUGACCCACGGCCGACGCGACAAGGCGCUCGACGCUUUACGAUUCCGGUGCGGGCCAAAGUUCUGCGCCGUAGCCGAGUGCCUGACCAACGGGGCUAUCUCGCUGCGUCAGCCGACUGCCUUCAGAAACCUGCUGCAGUGAAGCUUCUCGCUGCCUACCGGAGUUGCCGGAGAUACCUGCCUACCGGAGAUACCGGAGUCGUCCAGAUUGGUGGCUUCGGCCGCCGACGGCACGAUUAUGUCGAGCGCAGUGCAAGCAACCUCGUCCCUCGCAGCGUUGCUGCUCAUCGACCGCGCAGAACACCACUGCCACAAACUGGUCUCGUCUCUAAUUGUGACGACCAGCCAGACGGUGUUGGCCUUCUACUACUACUACAAGAACAUGGGCAAUGGAGAAUUUCGCGAUCGUAAUCGCUACGUGCCGCUCGCGUCGCUCAUGGCGUAUAUGUAUACGUAUGGGUGACAAGGCCUUUAUCAGGCAGACAACGGUCUCCUUUCCGCUUUGCCAUCCAAGACUUUGACUGUGUCUGAACCAACGCUACAAAAAUUCUAAAAAAUGUUCUACCUACUGCUUCAGCCUAGUGUCUUGAGUCUUUAUGGGAGAUAUCUCAAGACCCGGAGCCCGCAGUUCCCCCACCGGCGUCAGCACCAACUUCUGCGUCUUCCGCUAGUUCCUUAUCCCCAACGAGAUCCAAGACCUCGUCCGCCUAUUUAACUUAUCCCAUCUCUUCUGAAUAUUCGCGUUGGUCACUGUCUACAGGUCCUCUUCGUCAACGUCUACAUUCCAGAAACGAAGAGCCUUCCUACGUUCGGUUCCAGUGCCACUCAUUUGCACUUGCAUUUGCAUUUGCAGAAAGGCAGAUGCGUAUCAGGAAGAAGGAAAACAUAUUUAUGCAAACAGCAUGUGCUUUUCUCUAAUAUCACAGCUUUUGAUAUGUAUAUAUAUAUUUUAAGCACUCCCCUCAUCGUUCACCAGCCAACAACCUAACAACCGCUGGCAUCUCGUCAAUUGCCCUCGUUAAGCGCGAAGGCCGCGAAAAGUUCACGCGACCCUGUGUAUCGCAUAGCGUGUGUAUCGUGGCGUGUGUGACCCCGUGUAUCGCAUGGCAAAUAAGCGAACGCAACGAUUUCAGCGGGGUCACAUCGAACGCCUUGAUCACUAACGUCAUAACCAUGGAACUGAAGCUGUUCGAAGCGAAACUGGUUUUCUGAGACACUGAAGGCAUCUCAAGAAGCUGCUGUGAUGAAGUGUACUGGUAACGGCGUUGCUGAGGCAUCGCAUCUCGAUGGCGAACGAGAUGUGACCGAAGGAAAACCAUCAGCGUUCGUCAGAGCCCAUAGAAAGUAUUACACACAUCAAAUUUCCUUGACGUACGCUGUUCCAUUUUUCUCAGGCCAGUGUAUACACCGCGGUGUGGUUUGGUAUACAGCAGCUCAACAGGAACGCUAAUGGGCGUGCGCAGAGUGCUCGUGCCAGCAGUGGCAGCUGCAGGACGCUGCUCUGGCUCUGUCAGAACCGAUUGAGUGCAGCAUGGCGGUGCAUCCAUGUGGCUCCGUCGAGUUUGCGGCCACACCCACUGCGCGUCUCUGUAAACCCAACUGCAGUGCACUAGAAGCCAUAGAAGGUCGUAGUAGUGUGCACCAGAAAUAUAACCUAACCCUCCACCCACGGGCCACGCAUGCUCAUCGAUGCCGUGAUAGCACGAAAAAUGCCAACGGCAGCGAGUUUUCGCAUCACUUUCUACCGCAAUAAACCGGAGAUGUGACAAAACUAAUGUAGCAACAC